GCCGCCGCUCCUCUUCCCGCGGCGCAAGAUGGCGGAGUACGACCUGACUACGCGGAUAGCGCACUUCUUGGACCGCCAUCUGGUCUUCCCGCUGCUCGAGUUCCUCUCGGUGAAGGAGAUAUACAAUGAAAAAGAAUUAUUGCAAGGAAAAUUGGAUCUUCUUAGUGAUACCAACAUGGUGGACUUCGCUAUGGAUGUAUACAAAAACCUUUAUUCUGAUGAUAUUCCUCAUGCCUUACGAGAAAAGAGAACCACUGUUGUUGCCCAGCUGAAACAGCUGCAGGCAGAGACUGAACCAAUUGUCAAAAUGUUUGAAGACCCAGAAACUACACGGCAAAUGCAGUCUACCAGGGAUGGUAGAAUGCUCUUUGACUACCUGGCUGACAAGCAUGGUUUUAGGCAGGAAUAUUUAGAUACACUCUACAGAUAUGCAAAAUUCCAAUAUGAAUGUGGCAACUAUUCAGGAGCAGCAGAAUAUCUGUACUUUUUUAGAGUAUUGGUUCCAGCAACAGAUAGAAAUGCUUUGAGCUCACUUUGGGGAAAAUUGGCAUCUGAAAUCUUAAUGCAGAACUGGGAUGCAGCCAUGGAAGACCUUACACGAUUGAAAGAGACCAUAGACAAUAAUUCAGUCAGCUCUCCACUCCAGUCUCUUCAGCAGAGAACAUGGCUCAUUCACUGGUCUCUGUUUGUUUUCUUCAACCACCCUAAAGGCCGAGAUAAUAUUAUUGAUCUCUUCCUUUAUCAGCCACAGUACCUUAAUGCAAUUCAGACUAUGUGCCCUCAUAUCCUUCGCUAUCUGACUACAGCCGUCAUAACAAACAAAGAUGUUCGAAAACGCAGACAAGUACUGAAAGAUCUUGUCAAGGUUAUUCAGCAGGAGUCUUAUACUUACAAAGAUCCCAUUACAGAGUUUGUCGAGUGCCUGUAUGUUAACUUUGACUUUGAUGGCGCCCAAAAAAAACUGAGAGAGUGUGAGUCGGUGCUCGUGAAUGACUUUUUCUUGGUGGCUUGCCUUGAAGAUUUCAUCGAGAAUGCUCGACUCUUCAUAUUUGAGACUUUCUGUCGUAUUCACCAGUGUAUCAGCAUUAGUAUGUUGGCAGAUAAGCUGAACAUGACCCCGGAAGAAGCUGAGAGGUGGAUAGUAAAUCUGAUCCGAAAUGCAAGGCUUGAUGCCAAGAUAGAUUCCAAAUUAGGCCAUGUGGUCAUGGGUAACAAUGCAGUCUCACCGUAUCAGCAAGUAAUUGAAAAGACCAAAAGCCUUUCUUUUCGCAGCCAGAUGUUGGCCAUGAACAUUGAGAAAAAGCUUAAUCAGAAUAGUAGGUCGGAGGCUCCUAACUGGGCUACUCAAGACUCUGGAUUCUACUAAAUCCUUGGAGCCCUUUGAAAAGGAAGACUUCAUUCAAGAUUGAUUUAUCAGUUACUUAACCCACCAUAUAAAUGAUCAUGUUUUCCAAAGCAAGCUAAAAUAUUUGAAGAUGUAAGAAUUUGAAUAAAAUUAGCUAAAUUUCAUUAUAA